AUGACAGCAACAAACAACAACAGCAACUAUAUCAUUUCUGAUGAAAAAGUUAUUGAUUCAUUAGCUGAGGAAUUAGUUGUGGCAGAAACUAAAACCCUCAACGAAAGAAUUGGUGAAAAUAAGAUUGAUUUACAUAACUACCUCAAACACGAUGGAGGAAGAGGAAGGAAAACUGGUGUGGCUUUAUUAGUAAAUAAAAUUCCAAAUUUAACUAUUAUAGAUGUUGAUAUCAAUAAAUCGUACAAUGAUGAACUUAAAGAAACAGUUAGAAAAGACAUUCUAUCAAAACUUUCGGAUAAAGAUGUUAUCGUUAAAACCGCUUCAGGAGGUCUUCACAUUUAUUGCAACACUAAUUUCUUCUAUGCAGUUUCGAACAGAAUGAUUAAAUGCUAUUCCUGCAAUGAUUAUGAUAUUGAUAUAAUGACUUCAAUGGAUGAUUCAAAGCGUUCUUUAGUAGUUAUGGCUGAUUCAAGAGUUCGCAAGAAUGCAACAGAACCAAUCAAUACAUACUCAUUCAUUCGUGGAAGUUACGAUUCAACAUUAACUAGAACAGUGAAUGAUAUAUUAAAUGAUUUGAAUAUUAAGGUAAGAGUUGAACAAAAGAAUGAAGAAAUAAAGACUAUCAUGAAUGAAAACAAAGAUGUAAACAUUGACGAUAAACUUGCCCAGAGCAUAGUUGAUGGCAUCAGUGAUUUUGAAGUACAUAAUGACGGUGGAAACAUGAAUUUAGAAAAAGAAAUAACAUUAUUCACACUGUUUCAAGCAAUUAAUUCGUUACCUAAUCAUUUGAUUAAUGAAGCAUACGAUAACGUUUAUAACUUCUGCAGUUUAACAGAAAAUGCAAAAAGUAAUUUUGAAAAAGCACGUAGUAGAUAUGCACAUUUAAUGACUUCUCCAUUUGUUUUGGUGAAGAUUCUAAAACUAUAUCAAAAGGAAUAUUAUGAUGAAUACGUUUUACCUUUAUUACGUAAGCCAAAAAUAACAUUUGAUAUAAAACUUGAUGACUCGUUUUUGAUAACAGAUAUUAGACGCAAGGCUGAAAAUCAUCGGUAUAAAAACAGUUCUGAAGUAAUUGAGGAUUUAUCACGUGUAAUCCGUUUUGUAGAUUGUGGAAAUAAAUAUUUCAUUCAAAAGGACUAUAAUAUCCACGACAAAAUGAAUCAAAUAUCAUUCGUUCUUCAAUCAAACAUGAAAGAGUCACUCAAAAUGAUUAAAUUAUUUAAAGAAGAAGGUAAAACAAUAACAGCAUGGGAUGUACUACUAAAUCAAUUAUCCCCAUUAACCGUUAAGGGUGUUUGCUUUAAAUCUGAUUCCCCGGAUGUUUUCUCAACGUUUCAAGGUUAUAAAUACAACAUUCUCGAAAAGCCUGAUUACUCAAAAAUUGAGAUGUUUAUGAAUUUCAUUAAAGAAGCCAUUUGUGAUAAUAACGAUGAA